AUGGAAACCGCCUUCAAGCACAUCGCUAUGGCUGGUUAUGACGGCGUUGAACUCUCUGCGAUUGACGGGAUGAGCCAGCACCUCGUCCUCGCAAACUGGCAAGAACUUGCUGACGACAUUAAGGGUUUCGCGAAAACGUACGAAUUGGAGUUGUUAGCGAUGGAGCAGCCCUCACGCGACCCAGAGAGAAUGGAACUUGCAUUCCAAGCGGCGGUUGAGAUAGGCAUCCCAAUUGUCAACUGCGGUCCCGGUGGCUCGUCAGACGAUGAAUCCGCAUGGCCAGAGGUUAUUGAUUCACUGGGUAACCUCUCUGCACGUGCCGAACACUAUGGGGUAACACUCUGCGUCAAGGCACAUGUCGGCGCGAGUAUCUAUAACACACCGACAACCCUCCGUGCGAUGGAAGCGAUUUCGUCUCCGGCAUUCGGUAUUGAUAUGGAUCCGUCGCAUAUCCACCGGGCAGACGAAAACCCUGUGGAGGCGAUCGCCGCUGUGGUCUCGCGUGUCAAACACGUGCAUAUUCGGGAUUGUAAGGGUACAGAACGCGGUCCCGGUGCCCCGGAAUUGCAGGCGAACGGACGUGGUGAAAUUGAUCUCGUGGGUUAUAUCCGUGUUUUGCAUGAGAACGGCUAUACCGGCCCGCUGAAUCUUGAGGUUAUCGGUGCGCGAGAAUAUAGCUUAGAGCAGUGUUGCACGAUUGCUGCAGAAUCGCGCGGGCACAUGCAGGCAUGUUUACAAGCGUGUGGUGAGCGCUAA